CGGCAAUGCCCCGCAGACCGGCCUCGGCCCCCGGCCCGCCGCCCCGCUAGCCCCGCGCCGCGAUCCCCGGAGCAGCCAUGGGCAACACGGUGCACCGGACCCUGCCAGAUUCCAGCCCUCCUGCGCGCCUCCUGGCCACCCGACCCUGCUGUGGCCCUGGUCCUGAGCGGCGCGCGGUCCUGGGCGAGGCGCCGCGCUUCCACGCGCAGGCCAAAGGCAAGAACGUGCGGCUGGACGGCCACUCGCGCCGGGCCACGCGGCGCAACAGCUUCUGCAACGGAGUCACCUUCACGCAGCGGCCCAUCCGCCUGUACGAGCAGGUGCGGCUGCGCCUGGUGGCCGUGCGCCCCGGCUGGAGCGGCGCGCUGCGCUUUGGUUUCACGGCGCACGACCCCUCGCUCAUGAGCGCGCAGGACAUCCCCAAGUACGCCUGUCCCGACCUGGUCACGCGGCCUGGCUACUGGGCCAAGGCGCUGCCCGAGAACCUGGGUCGACCUUUCUCAACUCUUGGCCCUACUAUCUCCCCAUCUGCCCUCAUCAUCACAGAGAGCGCCUUCGCCGACACGCUGACGCCCGCGCGCUUGGGCCAGGCCCGCCUCAGCGCCUGCCCGCCGCCAGGCAGCCACGACGCCGCCAACUUCGACAACAAUGAGCUGGAGAACAACCAGGUGGUGGCCAAACUGGGCCACCUGGCGCUCGGCCGUCCGGGCGCGCCCGCCAAAACGCUGCUGGACGCCGACCUGCGCUUCCACGCCACGCGCGGCCCCGACGUGAGCCUGUCUGCCGACCGCAAGCUGGCCUGCGCCCCGCGGCCCGAAGGCGGCCGCACGCUGGUGUUUUCCGAGCGGCCGCUGCGGCCCGGGGAGAGCCUGUGCGUGGAGGUGGGCCGGCCGGGGCUGGCGGCGCCGGGAGCGCUGGCCUUCGGCAUCACUUCCUGCGACCCCGGCGCGCUGCGGCCUGCAGAGCUGCCCGCCGACCCCGACGCGCUGCUCGACCGCAAGGAGUACUGGGUGGUGGCGCGCGCGGGGCCGGUGCCGAGCGGCGGAGACGCGCUCAGCUUCACGCUGCGGCCCGGCGGAGACGUGCUGCUGGCCGUCAACGGGCGCGCGCGCGGCCGCCUGCUGUGCGUGGACACGUCGCAGGCACUCUGGGCCUUCUUUGCUGUGCGCGGUGGCGCGGCCGGCCAGCUGCGUCUCCUGGGUACCCUUCAGUCCAGUCCUGAGAUCACAACUCCAUCAGGCUCCUUCAGCGGCUCCCAGGAUGACAGUGAUUCAGACAUGACCUUCAGUGUCAACCAGUCCUCCUCAGCGUCAGAGUCGUCUCUAGUGACAGCCCCCAGCUCACCACUGAGCCCCCCAACGUCCCCAGCCUUCUCUGCACCAGAGCCGACAGGCAGCAGGAAUGGCGAGUGCACGGUGUGUUUCGACAGCGAGGUGGACACAGUCAUCUACACAUGUGGACACAUGUGCCUUUGCCAUGGCUGUGGCCUGCGGCUCCGGAGGCAGGCACGGGCCUGCUGCCCCAUCUGCCGGCGGCCCAUCAAGGACGUCAUCAAGAUCUAUAGGCCGUAGCUGAGCAGCUGGCUUGGCCAAGGCAAGGUCACCUUUCUGAAGCUCCUGCUGGGGAGGCAACACCAUGACCACCAGGGAGCACAGGGGCAGGAGCCAUCUCUUGUCUGCCACUCUGCAGUGAUGGGCAAGGCAGGACAGAAGUGGAGAUGAGGCCCUCAGGGCCUGAGUCCAGGCAAGUAUUGCUUCCUGGCUCAAAAGUGCUUUGCCAACAAAAGCCAGUCCCAAGAGCCAGCUCAGGAACUGCCUGGCAGAUCACUCACCUCUUGGUGACCUUCCGCUGGGAAAGGACGCCCUCUAUCUGUGCAAUGCUUCUUUGGGGUUGGGUUGAGUGUGUGCAGGGUGGGGGGAGACAGCACAGAGAAUGAGUGAGAGAGAAUGUGUGGGUAUUUUAUGCAGGGAUCCGUCUCCCAGAGGGUAUUUAACACUAAGGAAUGUGCAAUCCGGGGGCCCAAAUGUUAGUGUGACUGUUGUCCACUUUCUGGGGAUAUGGGAUGAGCUGGCUUUGAAUGCAUGUGGCCUAAGCCUACACAGAACUCCCUUGAUGGUAUAGAAAGAGACAGUCAGAUUCUCCAAGGGAAGGCAAAAAUAACUCUUUGUUUACAGCUCUCAAGCAGCAGCUGGUAAGGAGAAAGGUGGGCAAAGAACCCCAAAGAUCAGCUCCCUUUUUGCUUUUUUUUUGUUCUUUUUGAGACAGGGUCUCCCUGUCGCCCCAGCUGUCCUGGAACUCACUAUGUAGACCAGGCUGGCCUUGAACUCAGAGAUCCGCCUGCCUCUACCUCCCGAGUGCUGGGAUUAAAGGCGUGCGCCACCACGCCCGGCUCCGUUUUGCUUCUUACUCAGACUCAGAGGUGCGUUCUGUCAGCAGCUGAGAGCAGGCGCCCCAUGCUCUGACAUCUUAGAUCCCUUCAACCCCCAGAUAGAGUAACAAGCACCUUACCUCCUCAGCUCCGUCCUAUAUACUUUGGAGUUUUGUGAUACCCCUCCUGUUCUCUGGGGUGACUCCAUAUCUCCUGCGGUAGAAUUAAGAAAAGCGGUAGGCAUGCCCAGGUGACCUACUGGCAGAAGCAGAAGACCUAGACUUUUACCUGGUUAUUAUUGCUCUGAUCCUCAUCUUCUUUUACCCUGAUUACUAAUGUGUUAACUAAUAAGCCUGUUAGUCACUCAUGAGGCGCUGACUGAAAAAUGCUGGCAUCAGGACUCUCUCCCCUUCUGGGCCUGGUGUUUCCUGGGUCCCUAGCUCUGUCCUCCUCCCAGUGAGCCAGGCCCAUUUCUGUAGGCUCUUAGACCUCACCGGGGCUAAUGUACUGGCUGGGUAUGCUCCUCUGUUCUGAAGAGCCCCCAGUUCCUAGCUGCACCUCUGCUGGCCCUGAGUUGUUCCUUUAGGGAAGUUCCUUAGCCUCUCUGUUAUUUGGUUUCUACUUGGAAGUCUGAUGCCAGGACACUCUGUGAACUCUCAGGAGACUUGUACAACAUUUAAAAAAGCUUGAGACACCUUGUGAAGAGCAACUGUGUGUGUGUAUAUAUAUAUAUGUGUGUGUGUGUAUAUACAUAAAACUUCUAAUCUGGCCAUCUCUUGCUGAGAGGGAGGAAGAGUGGAAGAGAGCAUUCAGGGUAUGAUGUGUUCAUGGAACAGGCUCUGGCAGGAGCCAUGCCCUCCUGGGACCUUCUGACAGCAGCCCAAGCACAGUCAGUGCUCUGGUUCACUUGAGGCCUUGGGCCUUCAUUGCUUCUCUGUAUAGGAGUGUCCAGCUCUUAACUUGACCUCAGCUUCCCCCUUCCUCUCUCCAGCAAGAGCCUCUGAGCCCUGGUCUUUCCUUUAGGAAUUAGAGGAGCAUGUCUUCCUUUGAACAUUGCAGUGGAAUCCUUUGAGGAGGUGUAGGAACCCUUGUUUGCCUAGGUGAUAGUCUGAGAAUCAGGACCCUGAGUAUCCAGCUCACUGUGCUCAGCUGAGCCUUCUGCUUCUCCACGUCCUAGGUAUGGACAGAGCCAUCUUACCACCAAUGACUGUGGGUCUCCAGGUAGCCAUGGCCCUGAGUGCAUUGAGAUGUAGUCACUAACUGCCAUGGUCUCUGGCCUCAGGGAGUCAGCUCCUCUCUGCCUCUUGCCCUCCUGGCUGGCCCCUUGAAUUACAGCAGGAAUCAUUCACAGCCACCACCAGGAAACCAGCAGCUGAAAUCCUGGACCCUAGCUGUGAACCACUCAUGCUCCUGGUGACCUGUUACCUGGGCAGAAAGGAACCAGAGGCCAGUUUAACCUGCUCUGCAGCCACUAUAAAUAGCUACCUUGUUUCCCAGAGAGCACAGGGGGGCAUUUCUAUUCUAAAAGCCAGAUAUUUGCCCAUGCUGUGAAUGAUGGAUUCAAGCCUGUGGGCAAUGCAUAUGUUCCCUGCUCUGGCCAUCUCAAAAAGGGGCAAGUGGAGAAAGGAGCCAGUGUCUUCUAUUUGUACCUACUAUGUGCCUUGGCACUGAGCUAGAGAGGCAUCUUUAUAUAUCACCCUGUGUGCAGGACUUCGUGCCAUAUCGAGUCCUAUCUAAGACCCUGUUGGUUAGAAGGCACAUGGUCUCAUGGGCAACUACAAAAGCCAUACCCACCUUAGCUGCAGGAUGCUGAGAUGUGGGGUCCAGGUUAGAGAUGUUCAGCUGGGGAAAACAGCUACUUAGGAUCCAUGAAAUACAGUAGUUAAGCUCUAAGAUCCUGUGAGUGAGUGAGUGAGUGAGUGACUUAAGGGUCAAGCAACAGGAAGUGGCAGGGCUGGUAUUCUAAUGUCCAAUCCCACACACACCCCUGCCUGCCGUGGUCCUCAGAAAGCUCAGCACUGCCGAGGUCUUCUUCCCUAGAGCUCACCUGAAGAUCCUGGGCACCCACAUCUGUGUAGAAGGUUCUGAGCCACAGCCUCUCUUCUGCCCAUGCCCUAGAGGGACAAGAUGUCCUCAGGCUCAUGCAGUCACUGCCCAUCUGCUCCCAGAAGAGCUAAGUCAUGGGAAACCAUGGCUCCAGCCCAAAGUCUGUUCCCUGGGGGCACCAUGUGGGGUAGCUCUGAGGAGAGACCUUAGCCAUCCCUUUCUGGGACCUGGUGGCCAUUCCCCUCUCAGGCAGGACCCCUACCCCCGUUUUUCAGGCUCACUGCCAAUUGUGUACCCUGUGAGCCUUAACAGCCAGGAGUAGUAUGGGAGAGGCCAUGUGAUCCCCCUCAUUUAGAGCAGCCUUGUCCCUACCCAUGGGAGCCCCUUGGAAAACAGCUCUUUCCCAGGCAAAGUAAGCUCCUAUGUCAUUGCCAGAGCAGCCAGUUUAGCUACUGGGGCAGCUGCCCUGCACAAGCUGUGACAGGACUUUUCAGUUGUUUGACACCCACUCACCAGCAUAUCCCAUGAUCUGGACAUGAGGUCAACAGCUGGGAACAAAGACAAAGACUGCAGGGACCUCUCAGUCCAGAGGAGGGUGGCCAGAUCAUAAGCUGAUCUGAUCAUUCUGGCGUUGGGUCCUGUGUUAGCACAUAAUAGGUACUCAGUAAAGGACUGCAGAUCAGACCAGGAUCCAGGUUAUGAGUGGCCAGGGGUUUGGUGAAACAGCAUUACGCAUGGACACAAAGUCAUUCAACAAAUAAUUGCUGAGUACCCACUGGAUGUGAGCUGCCUCAGUGAGGAGGGAGCAGAGAGGGUGUACCCAGCCCUAGUGUCAGAGUAGUGCUAUCAACAGGGUAAAGAGACCAAAUAUGUGGGCUUUCUUGACCAUUCUGUUGCCUUGGGUCCAUCUAGGUAAGUGCCCACAGAGCCUCCCACAUCCACAUUAGACUCCUGGGGUCCCUUGUGGUAAGCUCCUGCCAAACAGCCAAGAUCCCACUGGUGAAUGACCUCCUUCAGAUCCUGCAGGGAGUCUCUGGGGAGAAGAUUACCUGCUAAUUCCAAGCACUGGAGGCCCAAAAGAGCCCUGAGUCCCAGGCUGAGAAAGGUAUUGUGCAGCCUGAGGGCAUGUAAGGCAGUGACCUCCCACUGCUCCAUCCCUCCUGCCCUGGCAGGGGACAUGGCUCAGGAACACAUGGCCUCCCUGCAUUUCCUGGUAAUUUCGUGUCUCACUGUCUUAUCCAAGUCCCCAGUGGAAUAACCCACAUGACAAUCUGUCUGUGCCUUAUGAAAGUGUGUGUGCACUUUUUAUCCUUUAAAGAGCAACUUUUCAAGGUGAACAAGACACUGGCAGGUGUGGUAGGACUCUAGAUGCCAGUAAGGAGUCAAGAGUCCCUUCUGCGUUUAGCUGCUGGAGUAAUAAAGUGUCCAUCCCACCCCACCCCUGCUACCUGUGUACAGACCCUUUGAAGCGUGUCUGUUCUUUUUUUCAGAUUCAAUACUGUGACUCUCCGAUACCAUCAGUCUUUGGGGGACUAUAUUAAAGGUUUUAGAGCUUGGGGAGUGGUCCAGGAAGGGUUUGCACUGGUCUUUGUGUGUUGUGUGUUCUGGUAUUUGUCUGUUUUUAUCUGUUUUAUAUUAACAUAAAUUUCUGUUUGAAAAACAAAUACAAUUUUGGCUU